UAACACAGAUAUGCAAAAAAGCAAAAGUUUAAAAAUAAUAAAUCUUGAAUGUGGAUAUUGAAUAACUUAAAGGCGCAUCUAACGCCACUACAAGAAUUACCAAAACAGAUUAAAUAUGGCUUCAUCGACUCCAAAUUCGGAAGGAUACUGCUUGGGACGACAUCGAUUCAAAAGCGCGGCAAAUUAAUUGACGCUAUUUGCGUUUUGUAUUUUGUGCAAAUGGAUGACAAAAGCAGUUUGGAACAACUUCAUCGACGUUGGCCCAAAGUAAAGCUCGUUGCAGAUGCAAACGCCAUUGAGGUGAUGAGAAAUAUUCUGUUUGAGGAAAAAGAAAACGCACCCGUGGUCAACAUUGCCCUUAAGGGCACAGAUCUGCAGCUGGCCGUAUGGGCGGAGCUAUCAAAGAUGGAAGCUGGCACCACAUGCACAUAUUCCGAGCUCGCCGAGCUGGUAGAUCGCCCAAAGGCUGUUAGGGCGGUAGCCAGUGCUGUGGCCAAGAACGAGGUAUCCAUCCUAAUACCCUGUCAUCGCGUAGUAUCAAAGAGUGGCGCCGUAAAAUAUGGGUGGGGCGCAGCGCUAAAAAGUUCCUUAUUAUGCUACGAAGCUAAUAUAUAAGUCAGUUGGUUAUAAA